AUGCCUGUCCCAUCCGUUACUGUCACUACUGAUAAUGAAUAUGAAGACAUAUCGUCUUUUUCCUCUAUUGACUCUUACAAACCAGAGCCCUUUACUGGAUUUAAAGAUUCUGAAGCUCCAGAGCAGCCUCUUUUAAAGAACGAUACCAUUGUCGGAAAGGGGCAAUUGGAGGAUGAUGGCAAUGUAGAUGAUCAACACCGCCAUUCAGAUGUGCACUCUCAUCACAGUUCCAGUACUUUGAAAAGGCCAACCUCAAAUUCGAUAGAAAAGAUGGUUACACACAAUGCUUUAGAGGGCAACUCGGAAACACUGGAUUCCUUAAAAGAAGAUGGUUUGAACCUGAACAAGAAAGCUCUUCCAGAUAUUACCGCCCCGGUAACAAACUCAGCCCACGAUGCUGCAUUUCCAGAAGAAUAUCGUUUGGAAACUGAGACCGGGUUGGUUAAGUUAAAAACGCUUGAAACUUUGAAAAGGGAGGACUCUCGCGUUUCCUCAACCAAAAGAGAGCAUAUUAACGACCAUACAGAUACGCAUUCGACACAAUCCAAGGUUACUACGAAUUCUCAAGGCUCUUCUUUGGAACCAACCAAAUUGAACAUGGCAGUGGAGAAAAAUAAGAAGAAAAUUGAAAAGUACCAAAAACAUAAAUCAGAAAAGGGGAUCAAGGGUUUUUUUCAUAGAAUCUUCGACUAG